CGGCGGUCACGGUGAUUGAAUGCCGAUACCGUAAUACCGUAUCGUAUUGUCUCCAAUUCCCCGCUUCUUCCGUCGAUAACCAGGACUGACUGAGACUGAGACAGAUUGAGACUAACUGAGACAGACUGAGACAGACUGAGACGACUGAGACAGACUGAGACUGACUGGGUGCGGGACUAUGGGCAACCAGGAGAAACGACGUGAUAUCACUUGCCGCACCUGCAACUGCUGUCGGCUAAAGAAGGUGCGAUGCGAUGGCAUCCGGCCUCGCUGCCGAUCAUGUCGCGUGCGAGACCAGGCGUGCGAGUAUCCCCCAGAUGCCCGACGAGCUGCGACUCGGGGAAAGAAAGAAGACAUCAGGCAGCUCCAGGGACAGCUAGAACAAUAUCGCCGCAUGACCUGGCCUGGGCCCAACCCGGUCAGUUCGAGGAACGGAGGUCUAGGCCCGGUCUGUCUGUCUGAGACCUCCAUGGAGCUGCCGGCGCCCUCACAGUACUCGACUCCGCUUCCUGCUUGCAUGAAUGAAGUAGUAGACUCCCAGCGUGCGCAGACGACGGAAGUGCCCCAGCCUGACGCGCCAGUUCAGGUGCCAUCGCCAGAGUCCGUGGCCGAUGACAGUGAAGAGCAAGUCUACGGAGUCACCAAUCUCCUACGCAUACAGUCCCUGCAAGGGAUCUUAGUAUCUCCUCCCUCAGGUACGGGAUACGCCGUGCCAUCCUGUGACAAAAGGGCGCAGCAGGAACUCAUCUCCGCCGCAGCCAUAGGAAGGCAGGCUGAAUUGACCAUCUUCUCCAUGCCGAGCAUUCUUCAACAUAUUGACUUCGACGGGGUCUCCAGAGACCUGGGCAUGCAUCUGCUUGGUCUUCACUGGAACCGACAGCACCUAUCAUAUCUUCUCUCGUACCGUCCGGCCAUCAUGGACAGUCUGAUUAACAAUGGCCCAUACGUUAAUAAACUGCUUCUUAACGCUAUCUUCUAUACCAGCUCUCUGUACAGUGACCAUUGCUUCUCGUACUUGAAAGACUCCAAUCCACAAGAAAGUGCGAGAAGAUUCUACACCCGUUUCAAAACCCUCCUCCCUGAUUAUCUCGAGAAGCCCAGUAUGCCCACAAUUGUGGCUCUUUUAUUAUGCGGCUCUACCCUGGUGCCACAGAGCAAACAAAGUGCCGGAUGGACGUUGUGCGGAAUGGCGUAUAGAAUGCUGAUCGAUCUUGGAUAUCAUCUCGAUGUCUCGCCUACCGCGCAGAAACACUUACCGACAAGCCUCUCGACGACCGAGACUGAAAUCCGCAAACGAGUGUUUUGGGGCGCUUAUGUUUGCGACAAAUUCCAAUCCAUCUUCCUUGGGCGAUGCCCAGCGCUCCACGCCUCGGUGGGCACCAUCUCCAUGGGGUAUCUCGACACAUAUGAAGAGCUGGAAGAAUGGAAGCCUUAUACCGACCAUCUCACGCCUGUAGAUCCCAGAGUUCCUGCCUAUAGAGGCCGGCCUUCGUAUGCGCUUAGCACAUUCCACAAUCUUAUCCCCCUGUGCACCAUCGCCGGGCGGAUCAUUGAGGAAUUUUACUCCCCUCGUGUAGACUGCGUCCCUGAAUCAAGAUUACUGCAGGUCAAACUGGAGGUCCGAGACUCUCUAGAUAACUGGAGAUCUUCUCUCCCAUUGCAUUUGCGGUUUGACCCGAAUACCGAUGAGACACCCCCGCCACAUCAGAUCACAGCACACACAACCUAUUGGACUUUGAUAAUUCUUCUCGAACAGCCGUUCAUUAAGCAUGAUGUCUCUGCAGACUCGGAAUUGCAAGAGGAUGGAACUGAGAAGUGCAUCGAAGCAGCGAUUCAAAUCUGGAGAUUGGUUCAAGCUUAUAGAGAAGCAUUUACGCUGCGGAGAGCGCAAUACAGCAUCUCGUACGCUACAUAUUGUGCUGCCUUGGUUAUGCUGAAACAAUGCCCGCGAGACCGCGUCGGCUAUAUCCAGUGCGUUCACUUUUUCUGGGAUGCACUUCUAGAAUUUCAGAGGGGCUGCAGUGCGGGCCUAAAAAAGCCGCUGAAGUUACUGAAGUCUCUGAUGGCCUGCAUUGAGGACGUGGCCCGCGAGAACGACGUCAAUCAGCCUGGCGGUACACAGGCAUCUGGUCCUAAUAUGCAAGGAAACGGUGUUAGGGAUUUUGACCAAGGCCUUGCCAACCUUGGGGACCCUGGCAGCUGGGGUGACCUGGGAUUCGACGCCCUUUCAGAUGAAUUCUCAUUUGCAAACGACAUGACAUUCGACCUCUUUAUAUAGGAGUACCUAGUAGAGAUUACCAAGUACUCACUGAUCUGCUAUUGAGAGAUCUGUUACUGUUUCCUCUCGGUGAACGCUUUCAUGUAGUGCUUCGGCUCUGAGCCCCCAUCCUGGAACAUCCUCGCAUAGGCAUGGAUACCAGCUUCAAUACCAGACGCCAGGUCACUUUCCUCCCAGAUUUGGCACAGUGCUUUCUGCUCCCUCAUAGCCUUUGGUCCAAAAGAAGAGAUCGU